GAUGUUUCCAUCAUCGAUGUCGAUUUCGAGUGGUUUGACCUAGAUUCAACGAUCGACUUCCAUGGAAUUAAAACGCUCCUCCGACAACUUCUCGACGUUGACAACCAGCUAUUUGAUCUAUCAGCUCUUUCAGACCUCAUCCUAUCACAACAACCUUCCGUCGGUUCAACAGUCAAAUGCGACGGCAAGGAGAGUGACCCAUACGCCUUCCUAACCGCAUUGAACCUAUCGCAUCUGAAAGACAAACCCAUCAUCCAAGAACUAACGAAAUACCUCAUCGAACAAGCCUCGAAAGCUGGGGUUCCUCAACUCUCUUCGCUCCUCUCUCCCGACUCCUCAUCCCAAGUUGCCUUGAUUUUCUCCGAACGCUUCAUCAACAUGCCCCACGCCAUCGUCCCUCCACUCUACAGCAUGCUCCACUCGGAGGUGACAUCCGCCGCGGCCAAGGAGUCCAAUUUUGGCUUCACCCACUACCUCAUACCCUCUCGGACCUACAGCCUCGUUGUUUCCGAACUCGACGCCGAGCCGCAACAGGGCAACUCGAAGAGGUCCAAGAAACAAGCCGCCGCCGCGGCUCAGCCCGAAACCUACUAUUUCCAUCCCGAGGACGAGGCGCUACAUCGACAUGCGCUCGCGUAUGGUGGGUUCGAUUAUGUCAAGCAGGGCGAUGAGGGCGCGUCGGACGCGAAGAGGGCAUUCCAGGAUGAGGGUGUGAAGACGCAAGGGCAUCUGAUCUUGAUCGAGGCAAGCAAAUUUGAGACCGCGACGAAGGCAGUGGCGGAGUAUCUGGGUGGCGCGUAG